UUUUUUGUAGUGAAGGCGAAACUUUAUGCGGAAAAAUUUAAAAGAGGGCUAUCACAGGAGAUUUUAUAUACUUUAUACUAAUAAUAAUAUCAUCCAUUACAACAGCAACAUCUACAAUCAGCAACAGAAGAACAGACAUCAAUAUGAGUGAUAUCAAUUUCAAUCGACAUCAUCAACCUACGAAAUUAGAUCAAAAUGCAAACACAAACCUUGAUCAAGAUGUCAAUAAAUCAAGACUUGAUAAAUAUCAUCAACGUCAAAAUGAAAUUAAAACAUAUUUAAAAGAUGUCUUAACUCCCCACUUCCCACAACUAUUCAUUAAUAAAUUCGGUCAAACUGAUUUGAAUACGAUUGAUCUUAUGGAGAUUUUGAAAGAUGGUGAUAUCUUAUGUAAAUUAGGAUCAUUAAUCUCGAAUCCAGCUAAUCCAUGUUCCAAAUUUAAGAAUUCCAAAAUUGCAUUCAUUCAAAUGGAAAACAUAUCAUUCUUCCUCGCAUUAUGUCAAUUGAUUCAUCUUAAACAUGAUGAAAUCUUUCAAACGGUCGAUCUUUACGAAUCAAAAGAUCCAUUCCAAGUCAUAGUCACAUUAAUGUCAUUCUCAAGAUUAGCCAAUGAUAUCAACCCCGGCAUUUUCACCUAUGUCAUAGGUCCAAAACCCAUUAAAGUAAAACCUUCUGUCCCUGUUAAACCUUAUAAAUUACGAUCUUAGGUAUGUCAACUUCCUAAUUGGUUAUAGUCUAGAUAUUCUAUAUAUAGUUUAGUAUUAGAUCAUAUUACAACGAUUACAUAAUCUGUUAGUCAUCAGAAAAUCUGAGUUUUUUAUGUACAGGAAUAUUUAUAAUUUUUUUUUAGAGAUGAGUAAAAUCAUAAAUUUUUUUUUCAAGCUUAAAUGGUAUGGAUUAAAACUAUUUAUAAACAGUUAAAGAAGUUACUUU